GCAUGUAGGUUAGCUAACGCAGCGGCGAAAACAAGUCGGACCUGUUUGUGCGUUGGCUAGCUAGCCGUCAGCGAUGGCGUCGAGCUGGGGGAUGUUUUCCGUCGUUUUCUCUUUAACUGUCGUCUUUAUUUCGACAUUUUCAGAAACACGGCAGUUGAGUACGGAAAAUGUGAUCAAUGUGACUGCAGUUAGUGAAAACAAAGAGUCAUCCUACAAUGUACAGAUAAACUUGAGUGUCGCCAUGGUGGACAACAAAACUAUGGUCAAUGGAGUUUCUCUCAAGCCUUCGGAGGUGACAAGAAUGACAUGCCAGGCUUUGUUGUUAGAUGACAAUAACGUUACCCUCAGCGAUGGAGCUGGGGAGCUGGUGAGCAGUGUGAUGAGACUGAUGCUGGAUCAGUCAGAAAUGCAGAGUGAUGCAGGAGAAGAGGUGCUGCUGCUGACUUUGGGUCAAGAGAUAAUCCAGCUGGGCCAAGAAAAUGUGUGGCAGCCAGAUGUGUGGGAGAUGAAAAUGCUGUUGAACCAGAACUCUGAGGAGGUUACUCAGGUACACGACUUCUUUCCCAUGUCGCAGAGCAAGAUCUCGGCUAUGCCGAGGGAAAAUGACAUCAUCAUGACAGAUGAAUCCAUCCCUGAAACAGCUGAGGACCAAGUCCUGCACACCACCAGUCACUACCCACUCAAACAAGCUGAAACUACCCAGGAGGAAAUUGCUGCUCCAGGGAAACUCCCUGAGACACCUCUCCGCAUGGACCCUAGCACGUUGUAUGAGUCUGCACAGGACGAAACAGUUAAUCCGGACGACCUGCUGCCUGAGGUUCCGCUGAGACAGUCCCCCUCCUCUUAUAAUGUGGUGUGUCGAUGGGUGGAGGAGCUGAGAGAUCGACUCAAGCGCUUCUGCUCCGAGUCACUGCCUCUUUUCUUCCUCAUUAUGUGGGUGGUAGUUGUGGGGGUUGCGGGCUCUGCUGUCAUCAUCAAGAUUCUGGACAUCGUGUUUCCCUCUUGCGAACACAAGGGAUUCUUUCACCUGAACCCAGAGACCUUGCUGCCAGUGGACGACGACGACGAAGAGAAGCAGAGUCUGGUAGAGAGCAUGGAGAUGGAGAGAGAGACAGAGGAGAAAAGCGGUGUGAGGGAAGACUCCUACUGAUCUUUCUGUUACCUGUUUGUGGCAUUUCAGGUUGAAGGGAUGCCGGAGUUUUUUUUCCCCCUCCAAACGUAGCACUUUAUAAAAUCAAAUUUAUUCCAUUGCAUUUCUUUAUUCGUUCAGUGUUUUGUUUCAGUGAGGCAUUAAAAUGAUGUUAAACAUCUCCUGGGGCCUGUCUCAUGAAGCGAGUUCAGCUUAGAGAGGGUUCCUGACUACAUUUCAGCUUUGUAGAACCAAUGUACAAAAGAAAUUGAACUGUCAUUAACUUUAAUUCACGUUUAGGUACACUGAUUAAUUCCUGUGCACAUGCACGUAAAAGUGACUGACAAAACAGCCAAUUGUGUGAAACGUGAGAAGUCGAGUGGCUUACUUUUCAAAGAAACUGCUGAAAUCCUCAUGCUAAAAAAAAGCUGAAUACUUCACGGUUGAUGCCACAAACAUAAAUAUGAAAUCCUGAACUCAACUGUCUUUGGAGGAGGUUGGGCAUGCAGUAUAAACUGUACCUUGGUGAAGUGAUCCUCCAUCACGAGGCGUCCUGCUUUGUGAGACACUUUGUGCUUGAUUUCUUGUUUGUAUUAGCUGAGCUACUGCAUCGUGCCUAUGGACAAAUAUCUUGACAUGUAUGAUGUGAUAUAAAAUAGGAUGUGGUGUAAUUUCGGCACACCGUUCUUAUUUCCAUCAAGGUCCACAUUUUUGUAAUUAAGCUUAUUAAAUGUGCACCUCCAAAGAGGCCAUUGUCUGUAACACUUCUAGUCACAGUUGUUCCAAGUGAAACAAGAAUAUACACUGGAUGAACUGUCUUACACACAGCCUCACUUGAGUGAACAGCCCUUUGAUGAAGUUUUUUUUCUGCAUUUGUGUUUAGACACUUAUGGUUUUCUUUGACUGCUGGGAGGGGGUUUUCAAUGAGUUUGCACACUAAUUUGACUUGGGGUGGCACAGAGUGGUUGGAGUAAUAUUAACUUGGGUUUGGUCAGAAACUGCUUACCUGAAAAUGGACAAGUGGGGCUGCUAACCAGUUAAUCCAGUUUUGUAUUAUAUCCCCAAGGACACUCUUCGAUCUGUGUCCGUGAAACAAGAUGAAAAUGAAAUUAUACCUCAAGUCACUUCUGUUCAUUCACAUCCUAUUUAUGUUUCAUAGAGCAAUGAGAUGUUUUUUGGCUUUUCAUCAGCAAUAUUGUAGUACGAGGUUAUCAAGAGCAUGUAAACUGAGACUUGCAAUGCAUAAUGUGCUUGCACUAUGUUUAAUUAAUAAAAAAAACAGUUGUA